GAAGCAGGACCCGCCGGCCGGGCUGCCGAGUUCCUUCAUAAAAUAAUCGAUGGCAUAUGUGGCCGUGCAUAUCCUCGAUACCAGGAUUAUAGCACUAUUUGGAGCUUGUCAGAGUGGAUGGAGGUUUUAGAAGAAACAAUGAUGUAUUUCAAAACUACAGUUGGCAAAAACAUAUCUGAUGAAGAGGCUGCUCAGCAGAUAAAUGAAUUAAAUUUAAACUAUCAAGAAGCAAUCACAAAAUGUCUAAAAGGCAGAAAGGAAGAAAUCAGGAAUGCGCUAGUGGAAAGAGUAAAUGCAAUCUCUUCUGCCCAGCUGCAGGAUUUUGACUGGCAGUUAAAGCUUGCUCUCUCCAGUGAUAAGAUCUCCAUGCUGCAAAUGCCACUUCUCAAUCUUGACUUGGAUGUGAGAGAAGAUGGUGAAAUUAAGCCAAUUUCUAUAGAGAUGAAUAAGGAAGAGUUGCAGAACCUAAUAAAUGCACUGGAAGCCGCUAAUAAGGUUGUCUUGCAACUGAAAUGAUGGAAUUCAGAUCAUCAACAGUAUCUGCUGGCAAUGGCUCCCCAAUUGACUUGAACCAAAAAAAAAAAAAGUUCUCUGCAAAGCCAGAAGUUGUUGAUGCUGUAAAAUAGUGACCAAAUAAACUGUUGUAUCUGUCCUAAAAUACAAAAAUCCAAUGUACAGUCACUUUUAAUGUUAAAGAUUUAUAGAACUACAGAAAGGUACCCCUUAUGUGUCCUAUAUUUGUUUUGGUUAAACACCAGUGACUGCACAGGUGCCUAGUAAAACUAAGGUGUCUUACUUGCAUAAGUUAUCCUUAUCCAAAGUGCCAUGAUAAUUAAGAACAUGACAGAAUACUUGUAGCAGUAAUGUAUUUAUACUUGUAAAUAGUAAAUAAACACUUGAUUUUGUGUGUGA